AUGGAUCUUGAUGCAGUGCCUGAUGAAGAGCUUGAGGAAGUGUUGCAGAGGUACAUUGAUUGCCCAUACUUUAAAAACAAUCCGUUGUAUAUUUCGCUCUGGAAGCGCUACUACAGCAUUUGCAAAAGCCCAGCAGUGCUGUUUUUGAUGAAGCACAAAAAGAUAUCGCAGUAUUAUCACUGGAUCUAUCUUGAGCUCUCGAGGUAUUUUGAAAGUAUUGGAAGGAGUUGGAUGUGCAGACAUGUAAUAGAGAUUGGGGUGAAUUGCAAUGCAUACGAUGCCGAUGUUCUACGAAUGGAAAUGGACAGUCUGCCUGAGGAUGAUAGCAAGCAUUCUGAGAAUGAUAUAAGUGCAUUGAUGAAUCCAAAGGGAUUCUUUGUAUUUGGAAAGGCUUGGAAUGCGUAUGAAGAGAAGCUAUCUUAUAAUAGAAUACUUUUUGUGCGUGGAGACGAAGAAAUGUCCUUUGAGGAGUUCAGAGCACUUUCAUGCAUUUGUGAUCGAGAGAAUGUGCAAAUUGAAUCAGAGAAUGAAUGGGUGUAUUUUGGAUAUUCAUGCAAUGAAGAAGAGACGAAAGAUGAAGAAGCAGCGCCUAACAUUAUAAUGAACAUGGAGCGUGCUGAUGCGAAAAUGAAUCUACAAGUGGGAAACAAACUGAUUGCUGAGGACUGUGCGUAUUAUAUCAAAAGCAUGAUUAAUAAUUAUGCAUAUGAAGUUGUAUGCAUUUAUGAAGAUACAACACAUAUAUUACAGAUGAAUAAGACAACACUUGUUCUCAAGAAGAUGUUUGGGUCAGAAGCCUCCAUUAUUUCUGAGAUUGCACCUGAAUAUAUUCCUGUAUUUUCAAUCAAAAACAUAAAUGAUAGAAGCUUUGUUAUAUAUGAGCAGUGCUUUGGAACACUGAAGAUGUGCCUUGAUGUGUUAUGUAAUGCAUAUCCGUCUGUGGUUGUUUAUCAUGCAUAUCAGGUUAUUGAGAUACUCAAGGAAUUGGCACGAAUGGGGAAGAAGUUUUCAAGAUUUUCGUUGGAAAGUGUACAAGUUUCAGCAAGAUACACACUUGAGAUUGUGGACUUUAAGAUUGAAGAUGUUGAAGAAGCAUCAAGUGGUAUUGAUGUGACGUGGAAGAGUGCAGCGAUUGAAAUAUUGCAGAUGUAUGGGCAUGGCGAUAUAUGCAGGAAAGAAUCUGAAAUUGAAUACAGAAUACAAGAAUGUAUUGGAAAGAUGGAUGUUUUACGCAUGAUUGCAAAAUGUAAGAUUUUUUUAUAUGAAAGAUGCGUAUCUGCAUAUGAAGGUGAGUAG